AUGGAAAAUGCAAGAAAUUGUGUGGAUUUAUCACAUGAUUGUCCGAAACGACGUUCAUUAUGUCAUAAUGAUCUAUUCGAAGAUUUGAUGCGUGAACAAUGUCGAAAGACCUGCAAUUUUUGUGACGAAGAAAUUGAUAUAGAAUCUACUAGUGAAUUACCCGGUGAAGAACCAUUUAUAGAAGAACCAUACGUUGAAGAAACAACACAUUCGUCAGCUGAAGAUUUGGAUUCAAAUGCUGAGGAAACUGAAUUACCAGACCCCGAGUUAGUUGAAGUUACCAGACAACCACUCAGAAAACUUGAUAACUGUGUUGAUCGCUCAUAUGGUUGUGAAGCUAAACGUCAUUUAUGCCACCGACGUCAGUAUCGAUCAAUUAUGGCUAAAUCCUGUGCAAAAACUUGCGGUAUUUGUGGCAGCAGUUCUUAUUCCAAAGGACGUCAUAUUGAUGGUUCACACCCAUAUCCACGGAUCAGUAAGCCAAGUGUCGGUAUAGUUUGCCGGGAUACCUCUCAUGAUUGCAUCACGAAAACACAUUUAUGUGAUAAUCAACAAAGAAAGGAAAGAUCAGAACAGAACAAUAUUGAAGAUCAUCUGAAUGACAUAAAUACAGAUGCUCAGUUUGAUGCCUUAGACUACAGCAUAGCUCAUCCUUACAGCUGCUAA